CAAGAGACAGUGUGGACCGGGUUCAUGGACUUCGUUCCUGUCAUCGGGACGGUAAAAGAGGCAGUGGAGCUGGUGUUGGCACUGUACGAAGGGAAUACAGCGGUGAUAAAGGAGAAAGAGAAGGCCGCUGAAAACAUUGUGAAAGAGUCAUUAAAAAGACAUAUGAAAUUGACUCUACAAGCAGAAGCAGCAGCACCAGCAGCAGAAGAAGCAGCUGCGGCUGCUGAUGAAUAUUCUGGACUCAGAAAUGUGAGAGAGGUCAGAAAGGAAAUGAUUAUUGAACAUGUGGCUAAAGGUUCCAAAGGCGGUACAAAAGCACCAACUCCAGCUGAGCAGAAAGAGAGACAGAAAAAAUUAGAGGCUAUUCAGAGAGCCAUGUUAGAAAAGAUCCAUAUAAUCGAUCCAAACUUCUAUCAGGAGCUGAAGGAAGAACUGGGAAGGUCAAAAAGAGGCGAACAUGUCUUCAACAAUGGCAUUCUUAAAUUUCAUAACAAUGUGCUGACUACGUUUAUACAAGACAAGGGUAUUUCUAAACUACAAAGAUAUGAUCAGAUUCAGCAGGCACUGAAUGAAUUAGGCAAAAACACACUUUCCCAAAACACAGCAGCAGAUAUUGAGGAUGAAAUGGUGGUUCACUUUCGUGUGGAUGAAUUCUACGUGAAUGCGAACGGAGUGAUGUAUGGUGUGUAUUGCCGAGCACUGCGUGAAGCUUUGUUAGUUGUGCUGGGUGACAUAAACCCAGGUGACGUGACAGAAGAGCAGAGACAAAGGGUGAAUUUAGUCAUAGAUAAUAUGAAUAAUUUUGAAAUCUAUGUGGACGAAUUUGCAAAGGUCAAGUGGAUUGCCAAAAAAGCGGAUAGACAGAACCGGUUUAACCGGGUGAAACAGGACGUUGAGCACAUGUAUAAAACUGAACGUGGGAAUGACUGGUGCCUUCGCAUUCUGCAUGUAGUUCAACCUUUGUUUAGACAGCAACAGUGAGUUUAUUUCACUGGUUUGGGGGUUGCCAGGUUUCCAUUUAAAAUGUCCACCUCAACUACAUCCUAAAUCAUCCUACAUCCUGCCAUGUUAUGACAGUUAUCCUCUCCACAAUGCUGUUUUUCCUCUCCCAACCUGUGCAGAAAUGUCUCCGGACAUUUUCCAGUUUACACUUUCCCUUCGUUUGCCAAAACCAGUGGUUUUCUGGGAAAUUGAUCAGCUUUAACUCUGAUGAUUUGCUAUAAAACAAGAUUUGGCUUUUUAUUUGACUUUAUAGCACAGCUUAUAGCGUAUUUCACAGACAUCCUUGCUGGUAUUGUGAACUUUCUUCAACUUUCAGAUGAUUCAUGCUGAUGAUUGAAUUAUGAUAUUUGACCAUUUACUGUAAUUAUCUGAUUACGGUUUAUAACUCAUUUUGUUGAGCCAAUCUCAUCGUGAUCUGUUAUAUCAAACUGUUUCUAAUGCAAAAUUCCUGGAAAGCAUGCUGAGCUGCAUUUACAUGUGUGGAACAAGUUCCAUGGAAAUAUGUUUCAAAUAAAAUAAAGUGAUUACUGACAGCCUAAAGUGUCUUUAAUUACUAUUAUUCAGUAGCCAGCCGUGACGUUUGAGCCUUGGCCGUCUGACCAAACCCACACACUUAACCUUAUUUGACCUUACUGUGCUUUCCUAUAGAAGUGAGAAUACGUCAUUAUACCAUCACACUUACCACAUGAUACAGUUACAAUGCUACUCCAGACUUGAAACGCAACAAGACGAACACAGCAAGACACGCAAAAUACAAAUACAAAUCAUUAUUACACAUGUGCAUUAUAAUCGGCGUGUCAACGGAAAAAUGGACCACACGACUGACACUGCCCCCCAGUCUGAUCACAAAACAACCCAGACUAACGUACACAAUACCAGUUUAAAUAGUGACACUUCUUGAGAGCGCUCUCAGCAAAGAAAACCUACACUAGCAGACAAACAGAGAUUCACCAGCGAAUAAACUGUGAUUAUAAUAAAUCUUCACAUUAAACUGGUAACGUUACAGUGAAGUAAACGUACGGAACUGACCGUAGUAAAUUUACCAUUAAUCUAAUCAAAUGUCACUGUUAUGCAGAAUAACAGCAAAUAUGCACAAGUUAACGUCAAGCAACAUAAACAAAUGUUGAGAUUCAUACAGCGAUUCUUCAUGUUUUUUCUGACAGUGCACGUGAGUUUUAAAAACGUCCUAAUGUCAGAAUCUGAAGGAAGGUUAUGAAGCGACUGUGUUCUUCUUGCAGGCUGCAGUUCGGGGCGGUGCUACAUAUGGGGGAGGAGCUCCACGUGAAGCUCCGCCCUCAACACAUCCCAUUGGUUAGCAGGCGGGGUUAUUGUUAAGUACGGCCUUCAUGUGUCGCUCUGCCCAUAACUCUUCCCAUUGGUCACAAGGAAAUGACGUUGCACCCAGGAACUGAGGUUAAAAACAUUGUUAUUGGACUUAAUGCGGUGCCGUUCAAACCGAUUGUAAUAUAAACUCUGUAUUUAUUUAUUAAUAUCAAUAGUAUGAUUACGGUGUAUUGAUAAUUGUUUUUAUAACUAUGGUUUUACUACACAUAUUAUGCUUAGAAUAUGGUUACCGUAGCAGUUUGUGGUGUUUUACAAAGUCUUUUUUUACAGUUUGUUUCUCAUUUUUCAUUUAACAAAGUAUGUCUUUGUCUAUGUAUUUAU